GUUCUUCCUGCUUUGUAAGCUGUAUUGUUAGCUGUAUUGUUUGUAACAUAUGUGCGUUUCUGUUGUUUGUUUCGUGUGCAGAGGUGACACAGUCGCUGUGUGCCUUGUCAGUCAAGCCUAACUAACACCUUAACGGGAAGAGCUUAUUAGAACCAGCUAAUAGGAGACACUAGACCUUGGCAAUUAGGUGGGAUUUGGGGUAAUUGACAAUGACCCCACAUCACUGAGUGCUCAUUUUAUUUUUCUCACUUAAAGCCAUGGAAGAAGGAUGUCUUCUCAGUUCAUUUGAGAUUUAAACUGAUCCCUUCUCAUAUAACUUUCGUCCUAGCAGGUAUGAGGAACAUGUGCAACAGAUCUACGACAUUCUGUUCUUUUUGGAGAUGAAUUUUAGAAAUUCAAUUCCAGUAAUACAGACUUUCCUUUAUGCUCAUAUCCCUUUGAAGAGAGGUGCUAAGCAGAUGAUGACACCUGAGAAGGACUUAGUAGUGUUUUGUACCACUCAAUAAUAUUAGCAUAAAUCAGAUUAAUACCAUAGACGUCAGAUCCUGUCCAUUGUUUGAAGGGCACUGACAACAUAGUUUCAAAUGGACAUGAUUUGUACCAUAAGAGCAGGAUAUUUUUCUCCUCUGGUUAUAUCUGUGUUUAAUACAGCUAUGCAGUUUUCAUCUGCAACUGCUCUGAAUUGGUUGCAGCACUUGGAUACUUCUCCAUAACAUGAGUCAUUCUAGAGAUUUAAGAUAUAGUUGUCUUCCAUUCGGUUGUUAACUAAUACCCACAGUUCGAAUGGGUUUCGAUUGUCAUGAAGUUGUUUUACCAGUCUAAACUCCACUGGAGAAACUUUUCUAUUGCUUGUGAAACACCCUGAAAUCCUCUGGCAACACUGAAGGAAAAGGCUGAUGCAAUUAGGUGUUUGCAAAACACUGGAGUACAUGAAGUGAAGCUAGCAAAGUGUUUCUGAACACCAACACAAGCUCUCCUGGACACACCUGCCACUCAAGCCGUGAGCAAGAAUGAUGCCAGAAACCAUUUUGCUGGAGUGAGCAGAAGAACCUAACAUUCUGUGACCUCAGAGUACUCCAGAGGACUGUGAGCAAAGAUAAACAGGGCAUGUGAACGGCCUCAUGAUGCUGCUGCACUGCAACAUGCCAUCUCAGGGAUGCAAGCUACCUCUGUCUGCUUGUGCCCUUGCAGUGUGUCUCCAUGCGAGAUUUUAGCCCCUGUCCUGUACCAUGGCUACUACAUCAGGCCUCGGAUCAAUAAGCAGCUGGAUCGAGGCACCUCUGAGAUCAGCCUUAAUGACCACAAAUUCCAGGUGUUCCUGGAUGUCUGUCACUUCCUGCCAGAUGAGCUCACUGUCCGCACCGUAGACAACCUGCUGGAAGUGAUGGGGCAGCACCCGCAGAAGGCUGACCGCCAUGGCUUCAUCUCCCGAGAGUUCACCAGGACCUACAUACUCCCUCUGGAUGUUGAUCCCUUGCUGGUGAGAGCCACAUUGUCCCACGAUGGCAUCUUAAGCAUUGUGGCUCCCCGGACAGGGAAGGAGGUGAAGGCCAGAGUCAACGAGGUGAAGAUAACCCAACAGGAGCCAUCAGUGGGGAAAGAAGAGCAGUCUGAGGAAGGAAAAGGGAAGGAAGAAUCCUAAAGGCCCCAUAUCCGGGCUUACACAGGGAAGGUGGGUGGGACAGGGAUGGGGAAUCCACAGUGCCAGACCCCUAUUUCUCACCAUCAGUGUUUGCAGCCAUAUGUAUGCCAGACUUCUGCUUCUUAAGGCUGAUGGCUGAAAAAAGGGACUUGGAACUGAAAAAAGAGGGGGACUAUAGUGUUAGUGUGAGAGACUGUAAUGCAAGUUUUCUCCUAGGUCAAGUGCUCAUUGAGCACCAUGCAUGAUGUUCUUCUCUCACCCCAAAUGGCAAGGGUCACUCUUACCCUAAUCUGUGAGGCUGUGUCACAGUGGACUGUUAAACAGCUGCUGUGCUCUAGCCCAGAAGAGUACUGGAAAGAGGGAAAAGAUGAUCCCAGUGCCUCACUUCUGAGUUGACCUUUGUGGAAAUAGAAGGCACUUGUUGGUCUGUAAAAGUGCCUGCAGCUCUCAGGAGG